AUCAUUUGUUGCCACAGGUACCAUCUUGGGCCCACAGUAACAGCACCAGUCUGCUUAUUCACACCUACCAGCUUUGUAUAUCAUCUCAUGGCAAAUCAGCUGAUUUCAUCAAGUUGUCAUCUCAGCUUAUACCAAUGCCCAGUAAUGUUUUUGCAUGCAUAAAAUAUACCUGAGUAAAGUGAUGUUCAUUGGUGAUUGGAGAUACCAGAGAAAAACAAUGCAAAAUCCCUAGUCCAGCCCAAUCUGAGACCAGAGGAGCCUCAGGCUCUUUCAGAAGCCAUCAUGUCACAGAGCAAUCAUACAAAGGAAACACAACCAGAAAGAGCAACAUCAAAACACAGUUCACAGGAAUUACUAGGAACACCUCAGAAGAGAACUACAAAUGACUUGGAAAUUGUGGCUUUACAGAGUGAUGAGAAUAAUAACUUCAAGUGUCCAAUUUGCUUAGAUACACUAAGGAACACCAGGAUUACAAAGUCCUGUUUCCACCGAUUUUGUAAGGACUGCAUCAUCACAGCUCUUAGGUUAGGAAACAAGGAAUGCCCUGUCUGCAGGAGAAAACUAAUUUCAAAAAGGUCAUUAGAUCCAGACCCUCAAUUGGAUGAACUAAUCAGCAAAAUGUUUCCAGUUUGUAAGGAAAAGAAUUCUUCUAGAAAGAAACAAUUAGGCAAAAGGAAAUAUAAAACCCAACCAGCUUGUAGUCUUAUUAUCAAAAGAGGACAGGAGAUAAUGACCACAAACAGUGUCCAACACAGAGAAGAGCAGCCAAUUAGAACUACUAGUGGAUUGGAAAGUAAUAAUGACAGUUUACCCUCCUGCAGUAAUACAUCCACACAUAGCAGUGACCAAGCAGGUCCCAGUAACAAAAGAGCCAAAACAUCUGAGUUUGAACAUGAUAGCAAGCAUGCAAUAGUGACCUAUGAUUCUGUGACUGAUGGCACUAGUGAACUUGAGACCAGAGGAGAAGAUGACCCUGCAUAUACAGAAUUACCAAAGACCUCAGGUGGAAAUGCAAAACAAGACAUUUGAAAGCCAGUUUAGAACUUGUGUGAUUAUUUGCCAUCCUAAGCAACAUGUAACCAGCAUCUGCUUCCUGUACCACCAUCCUGGAUAACUUGGUAACCAUGUUUUCCUCGUGAUGGUUGACUACAUAGUGAGAACUCUGAAAGGAAAUAAAUGCAUUCAACCUCAAA